GGCUAGGAGGACGCAAAGGUGCAACUCUCUUCGGUCGUCCCGAAUCCGGGUUCAUCCGACACCAACCACCUCCGCCAUGCCGCCCAAGUUCGACCCCAAUGAGAUCAAAGUCGUGUACCUGAGGUGCACCGGUGGUGAAUUCGGCACCACGUCUGCCCUGGCCCCAAAGAUCGGCCCGCUGGGUCUGUCUCCAAAAAAGUUUGGUGAUGACAUUGCCAAGGCGACUGGUGAUUGGAAGGGUCUAAGGAUUACUGUGAAGCUGACCAUUCAGAACAGACAGGCCCAGAUUGAAGUGGUACCUUCUGCCUCUGCCCUGAUUAUCAAAGCCCUCAAGGAACCACCAAGAGACAGAAAGAAGCAGAAAAACAUUAAGCACAGUGGAAAUAUCACUUUUGAUGAGAUCGUCAAUAUUGCCCGACAGAUGCGGCAUCGAUCUUUAGUCAGAGAACUCUCUGGAACCAUUAAAGAGAUCCUGGGGACUGCCCAGUCUGUGGGCUGCAAUGUUGAUGGCCGCCACCCUCAUGACAUCAUAGAUGACAUUAACUGUGGUGCCGUGGAAUGCCCAACUAGUUAACUACAAAAGAAAAUUAUUUCAAUAAGGGAUCAUUUGA